AUGGUCUCCAACGCGCCACCUAUGCGUUAUCGCUGCCUUGGAGUCUCGGUUGAUGGGAUCUUUUAUGUCAUCGGCGGAUUGAGAAUUUGCGCAUUGACACAGAACCUGCUCCCACGCGCUUCCUGUAGAACUGAGGCCCACGCGGCGUAUGCGAGUUCCAUGGAUCUAUUUGACGUGGAGGCGCGUGUGUGGCUCCGAAGUCGCACUGUUCCUAACGGAGGCUGUGUGGUGGCGGCUUGCGCUGCGGCUAGGCGCGUGUAUGUACUCACCAGCCACGCGGUGGAGUUUUCGUUUUGGAGCUUUCACUUCCGGAGGAAAAGCGGUAGUGGAAAAGGAUUUGGAGAGUGGAGUAGGAUAAAGAGCCCGCCACUACCGGCUCAAGUUAGAGUCGACACGAGAACGAGGUUUAAUUUUGUAGGUAUUGGCGAUAAGGUGGUGCUGAUUCAGAGUUUGAAUGAAGUGAGAGGGGUGAAAGAGGGCUUUGUUUUGGUUUAUGAUUGCGCCACCAGAGAGUGGCAGAGAGGGGCGAAUUUACUGGAUGUUUAUCGACGCGCAACUUAUGUGGGUGUGGAACGCUAA